UGCAAUCAUAUUAGGAUAAUUUAUGGACAAGAGGCGACAUCUCGUAUUGAAACCGUUGAAUUAAUCGCAGCGAGAACCAACACAUCGACAUGACAUGUAACCAAACAUCAAAAACCGGUUGUUGUUGUUGUUACACGUGGAAUGUGGCUUAUCAUAGUACGUGAUGUGGGGCUAAUGAAAAUAUUUCUCGUGGAAGUCGUAGUAUAUAUUGAAAAGUGAUUCCUGUGGAAACUGGUAAAUCCGAAUUUGGUACAUGAAUAGAGAAGUAUCAAUAAAUAUAGGCACUAAUUACUGACGAUACAUCUCAUUCUUAAAUAAAUUCUUGUGAAUGUCGUAUAUUGUAUUUCCUGUUGUUCUGCUGUUCGAUUUCUUAUACACACAUGUAAUUUGUCUCGUAAUUAUUACAAGAUAACAAUACUUGUUGUAUAUUAUACAUCUUUAAACAUUGAAUUGGUGAAUUUACUGGAGGUGUUCCUCCUUGGCAUCCAUUAGCAUUUAUUAUAUUCAAUCAUUUUAUUAGAUCGAGUAACUUUGUUCCACUUUAUUGUCGUGUGCUUCACCAAAUAAUACAAUUAUCCUUUGUCUCAGUUGUAUAUCGAACCGAACUUUUAUUUUAGCGAAUAAUAAACUAUUACUUUUUUUUAUAAUUCAUGACAUUCUAAUUUCGUUUUCUAAUAUUUCAUGAGAUUCCUACUUGAAACUAUUUUACGAAAUGUGAAUUGAUCCGAACUCGUCAAUGCUAAGUUGAAAUCGAGCAGUCAUAUUAAUUAAAAUCCUUCUUUUUUAUAUUCGUUAUCCUACGCUCGUCACGAGUUCAAGUGAGGAAAAUUUUUUUUCACGGAGUUUGUUUUUAUACUAUAUAAACAACAAUGAAUUAUACAUCUGCGGAACAAUUUUUUAAAUAGAAAUCAGGCCAAGGUUACAUUGUCCUUUUUUUUUUAUCUCAAGUAUAACUUUAUUAUGAUACACGAAGUUGAAAAUAUAUAAAACUUAGUGCUCUAUUCUGCUCCGUUAUAAAGAAUGUGUUAUUUUAAGAAAUACUGAUUUUAUUUUUGUGAAAUGUUGAUCCCUGAGAAAAAUUUCGUUAAAAUUCGUAAAACCAUUUAAUACGUCGAAAAAGAAAACGAUGUAUCAAUGCGUAAAUUGCGGAACCCAGGUGGAAGAACUUUACCGGCAGUACAGUCCGAACGUUUUAAAAUUAUUAAAAUGCGAAACCUGCGGUCAUUUAGCCGACAUGUAUAUCGAGUACGAUCCAGUCAUCAUCUUGGUUGACUUAUUGUUACUCGAGAAACGAGCGUACAGGCACUUGCUGUACAACUGCGAUCUGAAGGCCUGUUGGAAGUUAGUGAUCAUCCUCUGGCUCGUAGAAUCGUUUCGAAAUCUUUAUCUCUGCGACAACGAAAACAACAACGAAUACAUUCAGUCCUGGAGAUCGCUCCAACGUAAUCUCGACGCGCAUUGCAAUCUCUAUUUAAUACUGUUUAAAACGGCCAUCGCCCUCGCCGCUUUCGUCGCGGUCGUGAUUCUCCUUACAAAAGUAAAGUGGUACUUUUAUCCGACCGAUCGAACCAAGUGCGACGUGAAUCAUUUAACGAAAGGUUUGAUAAUCGGUGGAUCUGGAAAACUGCUGGGAUUAUUAGAGAUUAUCUGGGGACAUAUCUUUUCGGCACCGCAUUAUUUCCUUAUAUUGGGAUACACGCUCCUCUGCUUGUUCACGGUUUAUUCAGUGGUUUCCAACAACAGAAAGCUGGAAUCCCUGAUCAUUUUGGGAACGGGUAUAACAGUUUACAGUUACACGCCGGACAUCGUAUCGGCCACGCUCAAGACUCUGCAAUUCAUUUAAUCGUUUAUUCUCGAUACAAUUUGAUUCGAUAACAGUGAGGUUUAAGUUAAUACCUAAACUAAUUAAAUACUCUCGUAAUAUA